GGACUCUUCCCCUACCUUGGCCGUGCAGGAUGAAGGUUGUUCUUGGUGCUGCUAAAGGUCUAGCCUUCCUACAUGUUGGUCCCAAACCAGUUAUUUACAGGGAUUUUAAGACAUCAAAUAUUCUUAUCGAUGCGGAGUACAAUUCAAAACUUUCAGAUUUUGGGCUCGCAAAAGCUGGUCCCCAAGGUGAUAAAACCCAUGUCUCUACUCGAGUUCUUGGCACCUAUGGCUAUGCUGCGCCCGAGUAUGUAAUGACAGGCCACUUAACAACCAAGAGCGACGUAUAUAGCUUCGGAGUCGUGCUGCUGGAGGUGCUGACUGGCAGGAGAUCAGUGGACAAGAAGCGACCUCCAGGGGAGCAGAACCUCGUUGCAUGGGCGAGGCCGUAUCUGAGCGACCGGCGAAGGCUCUAUCAGCUCGUAGACCCUCGCCUGGGACUGAACUAUUCCGUCAGAGGUGUUCAGAAGGUUGCCCAGAUCUGCCACCACUGCCUCAACCGUGACAGCAAGUCGCGCCCGAUGAUGGACGAGGUUGUCAAGCAUCUGACGCCGCUGCAGGACCUUAACGACAUGGCCGCCGUGUCGUAUAGGCCCCGGUCAUCACCCCGUGGAAAGGCGCGGCGGUGAUUGCCAGUCUGACACGAGAAAAACGGCAUUUCUAUGAUUUCUUGGCAUUGUUGGAUGCUGGUCUUGUUUUAACUGUACAGAAAAAAAAAAGAUUGGGCUCCAUGUCCAACGAAAAUUGGAGCUCUGACACCCAUGUCUCGCUUAGAUCAAUCAGACUGUUUUUGCCUGUUGCCUGAGCGAAUCGAUGACAUUGUCUGAUUGUGAUAUGUUGUAAUAAUAAUGAGUUAAUAUC